CAUACAAAAAUAUCAUUUUCAAUGCAGGAAUCCCUUUAAAUUGGGAAGGUAAUGGUCACAUUUUGUCAGGUAACAUUUUGUCAGGUAACAUUUUGUCAGGUAUAAUUCUGAAAGGCAAUUUAUUGUUAGGACUUAUUGUUAGUAUGUUCACUGCCCGCAGAAUAUAUAACUAAUGUGUUUAUUUAUCCUAUAUUUAUGGUAUAGCUAUAGCUAUACAGUUGGUGGCUGAAUUGGAAAAAGUAUAUAGAUUCUAGUUCAUAACUGGCAGCAAAACCAACGGCAAAACUAGCAAGCGUGACUUAUAACUUAGCAGCCAUAUGUUUUGCUGCCAGUUGUGUUUUUACUGGUCCUGAUUUUAAUGUGUUCUUUGUAGUAACUUUCGGCACAACUUGAGGUUGUGACUUAUAAUUAGGGGCUGCUUGUUUUCCCACCAGUUGUGUUUUUCCAGUCCUGAUUUUAAUACUUCUUUAAGUAAAAACUUUAGUACACUGUUCAUUAAAGUAGGCAUUUCUGACAAUUUUUUUCUUUGACACAUCUUGGCGCAUUACAGAAACUUGCUUCUUGUUACUAUGGCAUACAUUCUAAGCUUAAAUGCAAGGAUAUAUGUUCCAUAAUUGGUGGUCAUCGCAAAAAGAAUGUUUCCAUGCCUCAAACUUAUUUGCCACAACAUAUAAAAUCUCAUUUUAAAUACAGGAAUCCCACUAAUUUAUUUUUUAUUUAUUUCACAACUUCUAUUUUUACAAUAUAAGGAAAAGUUUUUAAUUAAUUGUGUCAGUUUGUAUGAUUAUGUUCGUUUAUAUAUAAUAUAUUUUAAAACUAUCAAACAGACCUUCUUUUUUUACUUUAGAAAAAUAACAGCCAUGGCUUCACUGUUAACUCCAGAUAUAAUCAAUCAAAGAAAUAAUGCAAAGAAAAACUUGUACACCAUGUUUCAUAAAAAGGUUGAGAUGGAAAUUAUUGAUAUGGUACUUAGCAACUGUGAUUAUGAUGAAAACACUGCAUAUGAGCAUUUGCUUGUAAUGGCAGGGGACAUGUUAGAUACUGAAACUGAUAGAUUGAAAUCUCGAGCUGCAAGUUCUCACCAAAUUGAUAAAGUGGAAGAUGUAACACCAAAAAACAUUAAUCAGCCUCAGCCUACCAAUCUGUUUGAGCAACUUUCCACUACUUCACAAAAAAGAACCUCCAAUGAUUUAAUGUGUACAUCUACGUUGCUUGCACACGACUCCUCUGUUGUUCUUGCCAUCCCUUCAAAUGACAAACAGUAUUCCUUAUUUGGUAAUUUAUCACAACCUAAUAAAUCUACAUUAUUUCCAGAGAAAGAUGUAUUACAUUCUUCAAAGCAAGUCAAUCUGUUAAAUGGAAUGACCAACUCUUUUGUUUGUGAUUCAGUUGUGAGAGAUUGUGCAACAGCACCACCACAUAAAGCAACUUUGCCGCAAUCAUUUCAAAAAACUCAAAUCCUUGACAUACGUGAAGAUACUUCAACUGAAACAACAAAAGAUCAGUUAAAACAGAGAAUAAACAACUCAUUAAACUUAAUUUUGGUCUUGAUGAGAGGUUUACCAGGAUCAGGAAAAUCAUUCAUGGCUAAAGCACUUGGAGGUAACACAGCAAUUAGAUGUUCUGCAGAUGACUAUUUCAUUAAAGAUGGAAAAUAUAGAUUUGAUUCUACACUAUUAAGUGAAGCUCAUCGUUGGAAUCAAGAACGAGCAAACAAUGCUCUGAAAUAUAAACUUUCCCCAGUUUUUAUUGACAACACAAAUACUCAAGCAUGGGAAAUGAAACCAUAUGUUGCAAUGGCACUGCGACACAAAUACGAAAUAAUGAUAUUAGAACCAGAUACACCCUGGGCAUGGCAACCAAGUGUUUUAGCAAGAAAGAAUUCUCACUGGGUUCCAAAAGAAGCAAUUGAGAAUAUGUUGGCUCGAUAUGAACGAAACAUUACUGUCACAGGUCUCAUACGUAUGAUCAAUCCAAAUUACGUACCACCUGUAGAGAAUGUUCCUGGUAGAGGGGUGAGGAAAAGGUCUCCUCCUAACAGUCCAGUUAAUCAUAGAAGACACCUAAAAUCACCCCAAAAUAGUCCAACAUCUCACCAACGCAAGUCUCCCGAACAUAGUCCAAUGACACACAGACGCAUUAUAACCAAAACAAACAUUACUUCGUGUGAAUUGGAUGUUGAAGAAGAAUUAGCAAUACAAGGUAGUUCUAAUAAUCAAAAACAGUUUGAAGAUCGUCCGAAUAAAUCUAUAAAAGAUUUUGAAAUCACUAAGGUCGUUGAUGGAAUUGAAAAUGUGUUUGUCACUUAUUCACCAACUAGUAAGACACAGGUGAUUCAGCGAGAAAAUAAGCCUUUUCAUACCACUGACUUGACUAAAGAACAAAACAACGAGAUUCAGUUACCAAGUAGUUCCAAAAAUAACCAAAAGUCAACAAAUAAGGAAACUAAUAACUUGAAAAAGGGAAAAGAACAGGAUUUAUUUUCUGAACCUCCUCUGUUAACUCGCGUUGUAUUGGAUAAUGAUUUUAAAAUGCAAUCUAGUGCAAAUAAACAGAAUUCUCAAGGCAGAAUUGGACAAAUUGUAAAUUCAUAUAAAACUUGGUCAGACGAACAUCCACCCAAUCAGGUUAAAAAGGGAACGGAUGUUGAUUUUGUCACAAGCAUUGAUGUUGACAUGCAUGAUUCAAAGAAAAAAUGGGUAAAAGACCAAAUGCCAGAGCUAGUCAAUAACGAGCAGCUAAAUUUCAGCCUUCAGUUUUUGUGUGAAUGUUUUCCAGAUUUUUCUGCUGCAUUUCUUAAAGAUUGGUUAAAACGAUAUAAUGGAGAUUUACUUAGGACGUCUGAUUACUUGUCUCGUUUAUCCCAAGUUGAAGAAUUGCCUGACGAAGAUGACAUCGUCACUAUCAACGAUGAUGACGACAUAGAGAUUGAAGCUGCAGGUGUUUUGCGAGACAUUGAUGUACAGUCGGGAACUGAAUUGCAACCCAGAGGGGGUAUGUUUUUGUGUGAUAUUGAUAAUGAGGAUGCGAAGUUGAAAAUAGCUAUUGAUCAAAAGUUAGGUGAACAAUUGAUAAAGAAAUAUGGCAAAGAAACUGAUUUAAAUGAAAUGCUUUCAGAUGAUGACUAUGUAUUUGUUAUGGACGAGGACAUUGGUAAGAAGAUGUAUUCAAAUUGGCUUCAGGCUAUUAAGACAAAAAAACGAAAUGCAGAUUGUAUGCUUGCUGGUGACGAAGAAUACGCAAAACGUUUACAAGAUGAAGAAAAUCUCUCCAUUGAAAAUACGGAUGGUCGGGGAAAGUCGAAGAAAAAGAAAACAAAGCCACUGCCUAUUGAUAAACAAUUUUCAACUACUGGUAGUACGUUAUUUUCACCUUCGAGUCCUUGGAAAACGCUUGAACCAGUUAAACCUUCAACCUCACAGCCAAAGGAUGGCAGUAAGCUUACUCCGAAGCAGAUAAAAAUACGAAAUGAAUUGUACAAUAAGUUUCCAGGAGUUGAUGAGGAUGACUUGAAUCAAGUAUUGGAAGCUUCUAGUUACAAUCUUGAAGCUGCUACAAAACUGGUCAGUGACUCAUGUGGAUUAACCAACCAGUCUGUAAAGAACGUGCACGCUGAGGGGGGUGGUGAUAACUGGCAACUUGUUUCUUCACCACCUCGGAAAAAAAUCCUCGCAUCUAACUCCACGCCGCAUCUUCAACAAGCCGAAUCACCUGUGAUCGUUAUUUCUCCGGAUUCUAACAACUCUCUCUAUCAAGAUAUGAAUGAGGAAACACAAGACUACGGAGAUUUUCGAGCUGAAGCAAUUUUACAUAGAAACCUGCGUACUGAAUGCUACCAAAAGGCUGCGAAAGCUUUUCAAGAGAAAAAAGGGGACGUGGCUCAAUAUUAUGCUGACAAGGCACGACAACAUACAAUGAAAAUGAAAGAAGCGCAUGCGCGUGCUGCAGAUUUAACUCUUCAGAGACGGAACAAGCGAUACAUGACAAAACAGCAAAUUAUAGAUUUGCAUGGUUUACAUGCUGAUGAAGCGGUAAGAGCUGCAAAGAACUUUCUUGACAAUGCAUAUCAAGUCGAUCAUCGAAUAGUGUACAUCAUAACUGGUCGUGGUAACCAUAGUAAAAAUGGUGUCUCAGCUGUGAGGAGUGCUGUUUUAAGAUGUAUAGAAGUGCGGAAAUUAAGGUAUGAACUGCAGAAAAACGGCGGCAUGAUAAAAGUUUAUCUGAGAAGUGGUGUCAAGUAACUCAACCUAUGAAUUUUUAUUUAAAACCAUAUCCACUAAAUAUCUCAUGUUUAUAAUUAAGUAAGGAUUUUUCAAGAUUUUAAAUAAAGAAUUAUUUAUGUUUCGAGAAGUUUACAAGAUGGUAGACAAACGCUGAAGGGUGGAUUUAUUUUUUUAUUUUUGUUCAAAAGUUUCAACAUGUCUUUUUUGUGAAAGAGUUUAUGAUCGCAGCUUCCAAACGUUAAAACGUCGGUACUCAUCAUUUUCAUUACAAUGAUGAUGGCAGCGUUGUCUGAAUUUUUAUUGGUUUUUAAAUAGUUGUUCAUCUGCAAAAAAUUGGAAGUUGACUUAAGCUCUAGUGCUUCAGUGUGCAUGUCUAGAUACAAAACGCUGAAGGCUGCGGCCAAAUUGGCCUUAAAGUUUGAAAUGUUGAAGCGAUAUUUAAUGCGGUUAAAUUUUUUUAACUCUUUUCUUUAAUGAAGUAAUUUAAUUUUGUCGUUUUAUAUAUAAUAAAUUUAUAUACAUUGUAGAGCCGCUUCAACUCGACUUCAUUUGCCGCUAUACACUCUUUUUUAUACACGUCUUUUUUAUAAGAAACACAAUGUUUCUAAACUACAUGCUAAGAUUAUUUUAUGAGUACUUUCAACUGCUAACUCGCAAAAUAAGAAUUUUAAAGGUACUAAUCGUUAGCCCAUGGAAAAAUCCAUGGGUUCACCCGUCCUUUUUAUACCGCUUUGCGUGCGUCUCUCUACUUGCGCAGCUAAGCUACUAUUUUGCGUGACAAAGACGGACAGACGUAUAUGGGUCUUAUAAUAUAGACUAGUCGUUGCCCGUGGAAAAAUCCACGGGUUCGCCCGUCCUUUAUAUUUACCCGUCGCAACAAAGUGGAUAAAAAUGUAUCGCGUUUAAUAUUCGUGUUUCCGUAACAUCAUUUUUCUCAGCGAGGGGUCCGCCCAGAGACAGACAGACGACGGCUAUUAUUAUAGAGAUAAAAGAUAAAACAGGCAUCAGACUCUAAAUUUUCAAGAAAUUUUUUUUAAGGUUAAGAAACAUCCAGCCUGAACCCGAAAAGUAUGUUUCUUAUAAAAGUCGUGUAGCGCAACGAUUUUACUUUUGAGCUUUUUGUACUAUGGCGGAAAAUGCAGUCCAAUUGAAGCGAGCUUUCAGCAUUAUUUUUUGCAAAAUGUUGGGUGUUAAAAUUGUGGUGAAAAGGUGAGAAAAUGUCUGUUUGUGAGCGCAAAGUUUUUGCGAAAAAACUUGAAAUUUAUGGCGAAUUUUUUUUUUUUUUUGAGAUUAUUGAGAUUUGAGAUACUUGAGAUUUAUACAAUGUAUAUUACACGUUGUUUUAUUUGUUGUAAAUAAGUUUAAAAGUAUAAUUUCUUAGAAACUAUGAUAAAUGAAUGGUCACUCCCAAAUGCAAAUUGUUUCUAACUCGCUAUUGCAGUUCUAACUCAUAAGUAUAAUUUCUAACUCGCUAUUGUAGAUACUAACUCGUUAACGUAGAAUCUUACUGGCUAUUGUAGAUUAUAACUCGUUAAUGUAGAAUCUUACUGGCUAUUGUAGAUUAUAACUCGUUAAUGUAGAAUCUAACUCGCUAUUGUAGAUUAUAACUCGUUAAUGUAGAAUCUUACUCGCUAUUGUAGAUUAUAACUCGUUAAUGUAGAAUCUUACUCGCUAUUGUAGUGUAUAAUUCGUUAAUGUAGAAUCUUACUCGCUAUUGUAGAUUAUAACUCGUUAAUGUAGAUUCCGACCAGAUUUUAUUUACAACUAAAUAGUAGUCAGAGAAAAUAGAGAUUAUUUAACGAUAAGUAUUACGCAAUAAAUGCUUUUUCGCGCAAGUUUUCGCAAUAAAACAGCUUUUUUAUCGUCCACGUAACUUUUUAACAGAUUGAUGAGCUCUGCGUGGAUUGAUUACAAUUCUUUAUUUUAGUAAAAUUUAUACCCUUCGUUACGCCACCUUAAGGGCGUAAAAAGCAGGCGUGAAAUAUCAUAUAAGCUAAGGAAGCCACCAUUGUUAUAUAAUGGCAUAUGUAAUAUUUGAUAUAAUUUUGUAUUUAUUAUCAUGGUAGUGUAUAUUGAUUUUAAUUUUUGUGAAGAAAACAUAGGUUUGCAA